UCCUUCCUUUUUUUUCUUUUCCCGUUCGCCUCCCACGCGCGCCCUCUCCCUCUCGCGGCGCAGCUGGGCCUGGGCGACCGCUUCCACCGGCGCGACGCCCUAAGCUACGCCAGCGGGUCGUCGUCGGUCCCUUUGCUAGGUAUUCGUCGGGCCCUUCACCGGCGACGAGCACCCACCAGACGCGCCGGUGCCCGGAUCCGGCGGAAUUGCUGCAGGUUUCGGCGGUUCGUCUCUCUCGUCGUUUCCGGCGGGGUUAUGAAGGCGGCGGGAUACAACCCCUACGAUAGCAGCGGGACUGAUGACGAUCUCCCCCCAGCACAAAAUAGAGGACUAAGAGGACGAUCUUUCAGUGGGAAUGGCCGAGCAUCUGCUGGGGCAUUUCCUUACAUGAGGGCAAAUAAUGAUUUGGAGAGUGAAAUACAUCGGGUUGAGCAAGAUGCAUAUACUGGUGUUCUUAGAGCAUUUAAAGUGCAAUCUGAUGCAAUAUCCUGGGAAAAAGAGAGUUUGAUUACUGAACUCAGGAAAGAACUGAGGGUUUCUGAUGAGGAGCAUAGGGAGCUAUUAAAUAAGGUCAAUGAAGAUGGGGCCAUCCGUCGAAUGAGGGAGUUAAGACAGGCAGGUGGAACCCCAGGUGGUCUGCAUCGUGGCAACAGGGUUUUAUAUGAUGCAGAUCCUGGGCCCACUACCAAGAGGCAAAGGGCAUCUCAUUCGAUUCCUUCGCAAUCUGCAGGCCUCCAGUCCCCUAUGAUGCCCUCCCACUCAGUUCCAUCUGCAAAAUGGGGUCCUUUGUCAGCAAGAGGCAAGAAAGCGAAGACGCCCAUUCCUCUGGCGCUACCAUCUGUUGAUCCAGGUUCAUUAAUAAACCAUAAAGUUUAUACAAGGUGGCCAGAGGACAACAACUUCUAUGAGGCCACCAUAACACAAUAUAACCCUGUGACGGGUGAGCAUUCACUCGUCUAUGACAUGGGCACACAAGCCGAGACUUGGGAAUCGGUUAGGCUUUGUGAUAUGGCACCUGAAGAUAUAAGAUGGGAAUUUGAUGGACAUCUUUCAAAUCGUGAUGGCUGGGGCCCUUCUGGCCCUAUGUUGAAGAGGCACCCAACCAAUAAUGGUGCUGUGGCAGGUUCAUUCAGGGGAAGAGGGAGGUUAUCAAUAAAUGAGCCUAUAAAGGACUAUGCUCCACCUCAAAAUGGCAUCAAUAGGAAUUUUGAUCAUGUUGACAUACCAAACACAGAAAGUGUUGUUACGGAGGUGGAAAGGGUAUUGUCCAAUCCAAAUAUGCCUGAAAUCGAGAAGGCAAGGAAACUGCUGAAAGAUCAGGAGCAGUCAUUGCUUGAUGCAAUUGCCAGACUUGAUGAAGCAUCGGAUAGCGAUAGUGAAGAUAUGGCCAUGGAAGGCCGAAUGGGUUCUGCUGGGGAAAGGAACGGUAUUGCUACUUAGGUGCUGUUUGGUUGUAUUCGGUAACGUAAAUGGAAAAGGAUUGAAGCUAUGGAUGUUACGGCAAGACAUACCACUUGAACAAAUUUCAUUUCCAUUUGCGCUACAGAUGUACGAACCAAACUGCACAUUAGUUGCUUCUGCCAUGUUGGAAUUGGAAUAUUAACAUGCAUUUGUGUACCACCUACCUCGACCACAGAACAAAGAAACCGCAUUAUGGCAAAACUGACAUGCCAGAAAAUGGUGUCUUGGAAACUGUUGACGCCUGCAUUGUGAGCUUUCGGCUACACCAAAUUGAGCGCACGGAGGGGCAGGGAUAGGCAAAUGUUAAAGAGCUGUUUAUGUGCCAUCGCAUGGUGUUUCCUAUGUAGCAGACUAGAAGUAACUUAAAUGUUGUAGUUUAUCAUUAGCAUGGAUCACUUAGCAUUCUUGAUUCAGUACAGGUAGAUGUCUAACUCUAGCAUAAUAUCCAACUUGGCUGUUCUUGUACUCUAAUGUAAAAAAGGAUACUGUUUUGCACGCUUUUCGUGUAUGCUGCUGGAGUAUUCUGGACUUUGGCCA